CCUUCCACGCACUCGUGCCCCGUCAGUUGACCAAAGCUACCUGUGAAUUUAACAGUAGUGAUCAAUUUCCGUGGUACGAAUUGCGUCUGGAGCCGAUAUCUUAACCUUUUGGACAUAAUACUCAAAGGUGGAUUUUUCACCACUUCACAGCCUGUAUGAUGAGUCAUCGCUUGUAACAAAGAGCUUGCGAAUUGUCUUUCAACAAUGAGUGGAGCUGCUUUGGGAAUUGAAAUUGUAGUUGUUUUCUUCUUGGCAUUAUUCUUAUUGCAUCGAUAUGGGGAUUUUAAAAAGCAGCAACGAAUGGUUCUUUUUGGCACACUAUUGGCUUGGUACCUGUGCUUCCUCAUUGUCUUUAUUCUACCGCUAGAUGUCAGUACGACUAUUUAUAAUCAAUGCAAGCUUGACAAUGAAGAACAUACUACACCUACUACAGCUGUGACACAGUCGAAUCAGUCUACAAGAAACAGCAGUGUCACCCCAGCACACGUAGUUCACAGAGAAUGCUAUAAGCCAUGGAGUUACAUUCCAGAUGGGGUUAUGCCUAUUUUUUGGCGUGUAGUUUACUGGACAUCACAAUGUUUAACAUGGCUUUUACUACCUUUUAUGCAGUCAUAUGCACGAUCAGGGGGGUUUUCGAUCACAGGAAAAAUCAAAACCGCCUUGAUUGAAAAUGCAAUCUAUUAUGGAACUUACCUGUUGAUCUUUGGAUCUCUGCUGAUUUAUGUUGCUGUAAAUCCAAAUUGGCAUCUUGAUUGGUAUCAAUUACAAACUAUUGGCAUCACUGCUGCAAACACAUGGGGUCUGUUUCUCCUUGUGCUCUUGUUGGGUUAUGGGCUAGUUGAAAUCCCACGUUCAUACUGGAAUGCAUCAAAACGUGGGCAUCUGCUGAUGAAAACUUACUUUAAAGCUGCUAAACUAAUGACUGAAAAAGCUGAUGCUGAAGAAAGUCUGGAGGAUGCCAUGGAGGAAGUUCGUAAAAUUAAUGAAUCUGUCAAGUACAAUCACCCUUUGAGAAAAUACAUAGAUACUAUACUUAAAAAGUGUCCAGCAGAAUACCAAGAAAAGAUGGGGCGCAACAUGGAUGACUAUGAAGAUUUUGAAGAGAAACAAAAUAUGUAUCCCAGUGAAAAAAGCCUUGUGAAGCUCCAUAAGCAAGUGAUAUAUGCAGUCCAGAGACAUAACCGGACUCGGGUCCAGUGGCAUAUACUUUUAGAACAGGCCUUCCAUCUGGAAGAUGUGGCUAAGAAUGAGACUAGUGCCACUCACCAAUUUGUCCGGAGCUUUCCUUCCCAGGACCCUGAAGGCUGGUUCUCCCGCUAUAUAUAUACACCUACACUGGAGUGGUACUGGGAGUGUCUCUUGAAGCAGUGGUGCUAUCGAAUCCUAGCUGUGCUUCUCAGCUUGCUCUCUGUUGCUGUGGUUUGGUCAGAAUGCACUUUCUUCAGCACCCAUCCUGUCCUUUCUUUAUUUGCAGUCCUAAUUCAAGUGGCUGAGAGAACAUAUAACUACCUUUACAUUGAGAUGGCUUGUUUCAUCACAAUCUUUUUUCUUUGUACUUGUGUCUACUCAACAGUCUUUCGAAUUCGUGUCUUUAAUUAUUACUACCUCGCAUCGCACCACCAGACCGAUGCGUACAGCCUACAGUUUAGUGGAAUGUUAUUUUGUCGUCUUACUCCUCCUCUGUGUUUGAAUUUUUUGGGUCUGAUUCACAUGGACUCUGCAAUCUCUCACCAGAAAAAAGAGCAGACAGCAUAUACUUCUAUUAUGGGCUCCAUGCGAGUACUUUAUUUCAUUGCUGAUGGCUUUUACAUCUACUACCCUAUGCUGAUAGUCAUUCUCUGCAUAGCUACUUAUUUUAGCUUAGGAACUCGCUGUUUGAAUUUGUUGGGAUUUCAGCAGUUUAUGGGUGAUAAUGACAUGACAUCAGACCUUAUUGAUGAGGGAAAGGAACUUAUUCGUAGAGAGAAAAGAAAACGACAAAGAGCAGAAGAUGGGGAAAAUCGUAGGCGGGAGUGGAAAGAGCGCUAUGGAAAUCAACGAGAAGACUACACUCGUAACAGGAAUGUUCACUCAGAGUUAAAAGAAACCAGCUAUUCUGACACAAACACCUCCAACACCAGUGCAAACAGGCAAGCAAUGAAAUAUACCCGAUCUAACAGGCCGGACAGAGAUCGAGUUGAAUUACUACAGGAUGCAGAGCCCAUGGACUUUAAUGCAGAUACCUUCGCAGAUGAUGGACUUGAUUCUGAUACUGGAAGGCAUCACCCCGGAGGCAGGUACCUGUCUAUGUCUAGAAGCCGAAUCUUUGAUGAUGUCUGAAGUGUGGAGCAUCGCCAACCUUUAAAGAGGCAAGAAAAGAGUAAAACGGAACAAAAGGUGCUUCAGUCGUCUACAUUUAUGUGAAUGUAUUUAUCUAUUGUAUUUAUUUGAAUUAUGUGUUUUAUUAUUUGCUGCAGAGGUUCUUUUGCAUAUAAUGCAUUCUUUCACACACAGAAAAGAGACUUAUUGGAACUGUUUUUAUAUGUUUGCUCAUAUAAGAGUAUAAGAUAAGUUUAGCAGUUCUCACCUUCAGUUCUUGAAUGGCCAGUAUUUAUUUUCUUUAACAACACAAACACCCACAAAGAAAUCCAACCCCAUGGUAGUAAAAUGGGUCGUAAGGGGAUACUCUUUGUUAUAGGGGCAAAUUGUACAUAAAAUGUUAAUCUACUCAAGUAACUGUAUGAUAAAAGUAAUUGUUGACUCACAUAUUGCUUGAUAUAUUUUAUGACAAUACACCCACGGGACACUUUGUAGAUACUGUACAGUAUAUCUUUUUUUGAAAGAAUCAUAUUGUAAAUACUAAUUAUUAAAACACUUUUAUGGACGGUAUGUUCAUUUUUUGUCUUUUGCCGUUUCACUUUUUGUGAUCAUAUGUUAUGCUUCUAUCAAGAAGGAAUGUUUCAACUUUCUGAAACCAAGUAAGUUUGACAUUUAAACUAUGAGGACUUCAUGAUUAUCCUUUUAAUGACUGUAAUUAUUUUGGUAAUUUUUUGAUUAUCGCGACAAAAAAAUACUAAAUCAUCAGUUUUUUUUAAUGUUCUUUUCCUUCCGUUAUAGAACAUUGUGCCACAACUGAAUGCAAAGAAUAAAAUUCUAGAAAAGCAUUCUUUUUAUUCAAAAUAAUAAAACACAUUUAUUCCUGAAAUAUACUUAAAAUUAGUAGUAUACCUUUGAAUACAGGGAUACUUCUCUCAAUAGAAGCAGUGGCAACUAAUACGCAGAGAAGUAGCAAGUAAGUAUAUAGGAUGUGUAUUUGGAGACCACAGCUUUGCCACCUUGUGUGUUUUUUUUUGUAUGAAUGGACAUGAAUCGUUAGCCUUGUUUUUAUCUCUUUCAGUCUUUGUGUCUUUUCACAUUCUUUUCAUUGUGCUAAGAGAAGCACUCAUCAGAUGUUGUCAUUCUCCAAAACUGAAAGUUUGCCUUUUUCCUCCAGUUUUCUGUGUAGUUUCUUUUUGGCAUGUGAAGUCUACUGGUUACUUAGUUGUUCUGCUGUGACAUUUUAAGUCUGACAAGAUUUUAGUUUUGUUUAAUGAAGUAGAAUAUUAUGUGCACUGACCAGACUGAUGUUGCUUCAAAUGGAGGUAUCGUUGUCUUGCAUAUUAGAAAAUGAGGUUCUUAAUAAAAGACAAUUAGAGUAACCGUUCCUUUAUAUCAGUGAAAGGCAACCUUUUUCGAGUUGCAGCGCACUAAGUCCAAAAAUUUUCUUUUGCGGCGCACCUGAGGGACUGUCCAUAAAUAAAGUCAUGACGAGAAUAAACUAUGUAUGAAUUUUUCUAGAUAAAGUUUAAUUAAAAUUACCGUAAAUAAAAAGCGAGUGAUAAUCGUUGAGAAUUAAAUUACAAGGAAGUAUCGAAUGCUUGCGUCACAA